AUGAAGCCGCUCUCUCGCUACAGAAAACAUCACCGCCGCGACGGCCAGCGAACCAUUCGCAAGUCCGUGUCGUGCGAGCCGCUGCUCGACAUGUCUUCCUCUGACGAAGAGGACCGCACCGGAGGUGCUCGUCUCACCCGUCGGAGUUUGACUCCAUCUCCCGCGGGAAAGAGACUGUUCGCCAAGAGGUCGGCAUCCGAGGCUGCAAGAUCCCGUCCCGGCAGCGCAGAUUCUUUCCAGGUCGGCGCAAACCACGAUGAUGAUGUCUUUGCAGAGGACGACGAUGACUCGGCCUCCGUCUCCGGGGCUCGUACCAGCGAGGAAGAUCCUAGCACUUCGCAUAUGGGACAGCUUCCGGGGGAUAAGAUCCCUUCCGUUGACGCCCAGGGGAUUUAUCCCCCCACGGCCUGUAUAUUCGCCGCCAAUCUGGCUCAACUUUAUGAUGACAAAACGCUUGAGUAUGAAGUCACUCGAACGUUUUCUAAAUACGGCCCAGUCUUCGUCAAGAUCCGCCGCGACGCGCGCCAUAUGCCGUUUGCAUUUUGCCAAUUUACUUGUGACGAGCAUGCAAAAGAGGCCAAGGAACGAGGCUGUAACGCUUAUAUCCUCGGCCGACAAUGUCGCACUGAAAUGGCCAAGGCCCAUACUACCUUCAUGGUAUACAAGCACUCUGGAGAUUCCGUCACAGUUGAUGAAGCUACAAAUCUCAUGAGCUCCUUGGGAGAAGUUGCCGAGGCCGAACAGCUCGCGGCCGACAUGCAGCGCUCCAUGCGUCUUCCACCUACCAUCGUCGUCAGGUACAAAAUGUACGAUCCAAGGCGGGAUGUGCCUGGGACCUUUCGAGGCGAUCGCAAGUACAAAGUCAUCCCGUAUGACCCCAGGCCAUCUGGCAACGCCAAGCCGGACCCCCAAGGCAGCCCAAACAGGGCACAAUUCCUUCACCAGUACGAUCGCGACAGACGAUCCGUAUACAUGGGCAAUCUUCCAAUGAACAUGACCGAGGAGAUUCUCCGAAACCUCGUCGGCGCUUGCGGCGAGAUAGCUUCUGUGGUUCUCUUCAAGAAGCCGGUCCCAGGAAGUCCAAGCAAAAUGACUUGCUUUGCCUUUAUCGAGUUCUCUCGCCCCGACACCGCGGACGAUGCCAUCAAGACGUUUAACAACACGGACAUUAAUGGCUUCCGCGUUCGCGUCGACAGAAAGCAAUCUCGUACCUUUGAGACGCCCCGACGCCAAAUUCCCAUGCGCUCGACCCAGUACUCGCACUCAACCUUUCCCCGUCGUCGCCACGCGCCCGUCAUGGCGCCCGUCUCGCCCCUUCACACCAUGUUUGAUCCGCCCGCCGGCCCCAGCAAGCCGUCCUCGCACCACAGCUCGCCCAUUGAUUCGGAGCAGACCCCCAGGACGGCCGUGGAAGCUGCCCAGACCAUCUCUGGUGAGAGCAACCUCUUUACCCCGACGCCCAAAAGGUCGUAUGGCAACGGCAAUGGCGGUUUUGCAUAUGGCAACAUGGAGACGCCCAUGGCCAUGCAGCAGCAGCAUGCCCCCAUGCCCAUGGGCUGGAUGCCGCCGUUCCCCCCGUAUCCAUACGGCCCACCCAUGUCGCCUUACGGCCCGAUGACCCCUCACGGUACUCCCGGCGUCAUGUACCCGGGAUACAACCCGGGACCGUACUACCCCGGCAUGUACGACAUGUAUCCCAUGGCGUCGCCCCCUCACAUGAUGGCGCCGCCGCCGCAGAUUCAGCCAGCCCCAGCACCACCAGUGCGAGCUGAAGCUCCCGCCGAGGCACAGCCUGCAUCUGGCGGACAAGACACCAAGGAAGAAAAGUGA